AUGGUUGGCUCCAAUUUCAAGAUUGGCGACGAGGUGGAGGUGACCAGUCCAAUCCACAAUAUGCGUGGCACUCUGUUCCCCGCAAAAAUCAUCGGCAAGUCGAGAGAUAAAACCAAGUUGAAAGUUGAAUAUAACAAAGUGAAGGCCAAGAUUGAUGGCAAUCUCAGCAGGAGGAAGAGGCACCAGCAGCGCAACGAGGUGGAGGAAGAGGUGGACGUGGCGCUCAUAAGGCCCUUGCCGCCCCAAGAAAGUAAGUACUGCUGCUUCAAGUUAGGCGACGUCGUUGAUGCCUUCUUCUGUGGCGGGUGGUGGGAGGGAGUCAUCACUGAUGUUAUGAAGGACUCGACGUUUGGGGUUUAUUUUCGGUUUGCCAAGGAGAAGUUUGAGUUUGAGUCGGAGGAGCUCAGGCUUCACCGGGAGUGGGUCAAGGGCUCUUGGCUUCCACCUCUUCAGCAAGGCGAUGUCUCAACUACCGAGGAACCAAAGCCCUGGAUGAAAGAGGACUUUGUACAAGGAACACAAGUUGAGAUUUGCACUGAUGAAGAUGGAUUUCAAGGUGCUUGGUUUGCUGCAAAUAUUGUCAAAGUAAUGGGGAAGGACAAAUUUCUCAUUCGAUAUAAGAGCAUAAAAACAGAUGAUGGUAAAGAGUUCUUGACAGAAGAGGUCGAUGCACAGCACAUAAGGCCUUGUCCACCUGAAACUGUUGUGGUUGAAAGUUUUAGUCUGAAUGAAGAGGUUGAUGCUUUCUAUAAUGAUGGAUGGUGGGAAGGUGUGAUCCGCAAGGUCCUUCGUGGGCCAAGGUACAGAGUUUACUUCAAAGGUACAAAAGAUGAAUUGCUGUUUGAGCACUCUGAUUUGAGACCACGCCAAGAUUGGAUAGAUAGAACAUGGGUUAUGGCUUCUCAGGCAUUGAAGCAUUGA